AUGGCUCCUGUAGCGACCGAACCACAGAACAAUGGGUCUGAAAAUGCCUCGCAGAGCUUGAAAUCGAAGAAUGUAGAUGUAUUCGACCCGUCGGACUUGCAAGAGAGUAUUUCCUCGUUCAACCCAUUUUAUUCCCCUCCUCAGCAGGAGGACGGAGACGACUCAUACGAGUAUGAUCGCUACAAGCCGUCUUUCCCUAAGAUCGAUUAUCCACCCCUGGAGCCAUUCGAAGUAGUCGACCGUGGUCAAUUUGCGGAUCCAGAGAAGCGUGCGCUCUUCUCCGCUGCGAAGAAAGUGACGCACCUCACUCCAGCCAUCGGAACUGAGCUCGAAGGUAUCGACCUGAGGGAGCUCACGGACGCACAGAAGGAUGAACUAUCACCAAUCGAUCGAAUUCUUAACUCGGUGACUUUGAUUCGCAGUGCCCUUCUCGUCGCUGAGCGAGGUGUCGUCUUCUUCCGCAACCAGGCACUCGAUGUUCAUCAGCAGCUCGAUAUCGCGCGUCAUUUUGGCCCACUACAUAAACAUGCAACGACACCUGUACCGAAGGAAGGCGGCCUGGAAGAAGUGCACGUUGUUUAUAAUGACUCUGCCAGACGCCCCGACCCGUCCGCAUUCUCGAAGCUCGAGCUGUGGCAUGCAGACGUUACAUACGAACUCCAGCCGCCGAGCACGACCUCGCUGAAAGGAAUCACUAUUCCACCCGUCGGAGGCGAUACGCUAUGGAGCUCCGGAUACGCGCUGUAUUCCUCGCUCUCACCAGGUUUCCAAACAUACCUUGAGGGAUUAACCGCUGUGCACAGCGCAGCAGCUCAGGCAGCCGGCUCGCGUGCUGCUGGACUACAUGUCCGCAGGCAUGAGAUUGAUACGAUACAUCCCGUCGUACGCGUUCAUCCAGUAACUGGAUGGAAGAGCGUGUACGUGAACCCUGGUUUCACGCGACGUAUCGUCGGUGUGUCUAAGGCAGAGUCGGAUACAAUCUUGCAAUUCCUAUUCCACCAGAUCAGUGAGAACCCUGACUUCCAGGUGCGCUUCCGUUGGGAACGCGACUCCAUUGCCUUCUGGGACAAUAGAAUCGUAACGCACUCGGCAACUUUCGACUUCUGGCCCCAUCGUCGACAUGCGCUCCGAGCAACACCACACGGAGAGCGACCCCUUUCAGUUGCUGCGUACGAGCAAAAGACAGGAAAGAAAGCGCAGGACCGUCAGCAGGAAAUCUGGAAAUCGCUUGGUGUUGCAGAUCCUUUGGAAAAGGCUCGGAAGGCUGGUGCGGGAAGCGGUCCGAGAGGGUACAAUGACUGA